AGUUGUCUUCCAAAGAGAAGGGAAAAAUAAAAAUACACGAAAAGCACUUGCGUCUCUUCAUAAUUAGCUUCAAAACAAGGCUAAAUUGGGGGAGAUCUAGGCGAGAGAAACAGUUGAAAACCCCUUAGAUUUCAAUGGGAAGAGGAAAAUUAGUGAUUCGAAGAAUUGACAAUUCGACAAGCAGGCAAGUGACUUUCUCAAAGAGAAGAAAUGGAUUGUUGAAGAAAGCGAGGGAGUUAUCGAUCCUUUGCGAUGCUGAAGUUGGAUUAAUCAUCUUUUCCAGCACCGGCAGGCUUUACGAUUAUGCCAGCACUAGCAUGAAAUCUGUAAUAGAACGCUACAAGAGGGUAAAAGAAGAACAUCAAGUGAGGAAUCCUGCUUCAGAAGUCAAGUUUUGGCAGAGGGAGGUAGCAAGCUUGAGACAACAACUACAGUACUUGCAAGAAUACCACAGGCAAUUGAUGGGAGAAGAACUAUCUGGCUUAAGCAUCAAUGAUCUACAAAAACUGGAAAACCAACUUGAAAUGAGUUUGAAAGGUGUCCGCAUGAAAAAGGAUCAAAUGCUAAGCGACGAAAUCAAAGAGCUAAACCACAAGGGACACCUCAUUCAUCAGGAGAGUCUAGAACUGCAUAAGAAGUUAGACCUCAUGUGCCAAGAAAAUACUGAACUUAAAAACAAGGUUUAUGGAACACAAGCAAAUGAAGCUAGCAGAAGCCCCCACACAGACACUUUCAACAAUGGAUAUGAUCUGCAUGCACCUGUUCAUCUCCAGUUAAGCCAGCCCCUACCUCUUAAGAAUGAUGCACCAGAAAAAUCAAUGAAGUUGGGAUUACAACUGUAAUAGCAAACUUGUCGGACAACUAUGGAUGGACAUCAUCAGUACCCUCUCAAAAACCAUCCUGCGGUUAAAACUAAAGCUUCUCCCAGUGGCCUUCAUGUUCCAUCAAUUAGAUAAAGUAUGUACUUCAGCAUACAAAAGAAAAGAAAAUUAUCUUAAAUAUUUCAUGAAACAAACUUUAGGGUUCUGUAAUGAAUAGAGAAAUACAU